AUGCGCCAGGGAGGAAGGAUGCUCCGAAAUGCAGCUCAGGCCUCAGUGGGGCGCAGGGAGCUAGAAGAUGCAGAGCAGAGCAGCAGCCCCCGUACGGGCAUCGGCUCGGACCAGGAGGACAGCAAGCCCAUCACGUUGGAUUCAACAGACUUCCAGGAAAGCUUCAUCACCUCGGGGGUGUUCAGCGUCACCGAGCUCAUCCAGGUGUCCCGAACGCCGGUGGUAACGGGCACGGGGCCAAACUUCUCCCUGGGGGAGCUGCAGGGCCACCUGGCCUAUGACCUGAACCCCUCCAGCGCCGGCAUGAGGAGGACACUGCCCAGCACCUCCUCCAGUGGGAGCAAACGGCACAAGUCGGGGUCCAUGGAGGACGACAUCGACACCAGCCCAGGGGGCGAGUACUACACCUCCUCCAACUCGCCCACCAGCAGCAGCCGCAACUGGACAGAAGACAUGGAAGGGGGCAUCUCCCCCACCGUGAAGAAGACGGAGAUGGACAAGUCCCCCUUCAACAGCCCAUCGCCCCAGGACUCCUCACCCCGGCUGAGCAGCUUCACGCAGCACCACCGUCCCGUCAUCGCGGUGCACAGCGGUAUCGCUCGAAGCCCACACCCGUCGUCUGCGCUGCAUUUCCCCACCACCUCCAUCCUCCCCCAGACGGCCUCCACCUACUUCCCCCACACGGCCAUUCGGUACCCUCCUCAUCUCAACCCACAGGACCCGCUGAAAGAUCUCGUCUCCCUGGCCUGCGACCCGUCCAACCAGCAGCCCGGACCG